GGUCAUUUAAAUACCGCAAGAUUCGAGCACAUCGCACGCCUUGCAAUGAAUUGUACUAACGUGGGCCAAAUAGCUGGUCUUCGAUAUGGAUUCUACAGCCCUGAUGAAAUCAGAAGGUUGUCAGUUCGCAAGGUAACAAAUGACCUGGCUUUCGACAAAUUUACUGGUCGUGGAGUAGAUGGAGGGCUUCAUGACGUAAAUUUCGGUAAAAUAUCAACAUACUACUCAUUGAUAUUUCAUAGGGGUCAUUGGCUACAGUGAGACCUGUGCACACUGCGGCAUGGAUUUUACAGAUUGUCCGGGUCACUGUGGUCAUAUCGAGUUUUCGAAACCAGUAUUCAACCCUUUCAUGUUUGAUGUAUUGUACAAAAUUGUGAAGUCUUUCUGCUUUGGGUGUUUUCGCUUAUACAGUGCAGAGUAUCUUGCUUCAGCCUUAUAUCUACUUGGAGCACCAGUCAGUAAGCUUCCCGGCAAACUGAAAGCUCUUGAAAUUAAAGAGUUGGAAGGGUUAUCAGGCGAUGAUUUGCGCCAAGUGGCGAUUAGAAACUUAGCUACAAGGCCCCGUGCCCCUUGUAAGUUGUGCGGUAGCGGGUCUUGGGGUCUAAGGCACAUUAGUAAACAACAGUUAGUUCUCCACCCAAUAUCUAUUGCUGGCGGUAACCGUUCAAAGGCAAGAAUGAAAGAGGAAUUGGAAGAAGAUUGUAGUGACCUUCUUGAAGGUUGCAAAGUAGAUGACCAACGCAUGGAACAAAAGUUAUCUAUGUUCAUCGAUAUGUCUGAUGGAAGUGAAGUUAGCAAAGCAGAAACUAUUUACACGGCAAACUUAUCCACUGCUCGGAAUAUGCUGUCUGAGGCAAUAAAAAGUCAACAACACUCCAAAGAAAUAUGUUUCCCGCCUGAGAUGAUCCGUAUAAUGCUGAGGUGUCUCUGGGCCCAUGACGGGGAUCUUUUAGUACUAUUAUUUCCUAUGCUUAAAGCUGCAAGAUUAAACCACACAUUUCCUACCGACGUAUUUUUUAUGGAUAAUGUUCUGUUGUCUCCUUCUCUUUGUCGUUGGCCACGGCAUGUUGGGAAUUUGGUUUAUGAACAUCCGGAAACUGCUGUUUAUGUCCGUAUUGUAAAACGAGCCCAAUGUUUACACAAUAUCGUAGAGUUUAUCCGUCAACGCAAUGAAGUGAGCAAUUCUGCUGAUGUAAAUAAACCUCCAGAACCAAAGUCCACAACUAGUGAUGGUGAUCUGAUUGAUGAUGCACAAUCAGAUGGUGCACUUAAACUUGCAACUGUGCUUCUUCAAGCAGCUGUUAAUGGAAUAUACGAUAUGAGUAUGGCAAUCACACCUCUAGGACUAGAGUCCAGAAGUGGAAUCAGCAGUAACGCAGUUCGACUACCCGGCCUAAGACAACGUUUAGAAAGAAAAGAAGGUCUCUUCCGUAUGCACAUGAUGGGAAAACGUGUUAAUUUCGCAUGCCGUUCUGUUAUUAGUCCGGAUCCGAAUCUCAGUGUUACUGAGGUUGGAGUACCGUUAUUUUUCGCAUUCCGUUUAACAUUCCCAACACCAGUAACAAAAUUCAAUUUAGUUCAUUUACGUCAAUUAGUAAUGAAUGGACCAAAUAACUAUCCAGGAGCUACAAGUAUUCGGUUUUCAAAUGGUAUCAUUACUAUGCUGCCGCCAAAUGAUACUCCACAGGCUAAAAAAAAACGUGAAAUGUUAGCUUUGCGGUUAAAACCACUUAUUUCGGGUAAAGAUAACAUACCUAUCGUUGUUAAUCGUCAUCUACUUGAUGGUGAUAUGCUUAUUAUGAACAGACAACCAACCCUUCAUCGGCCUUCAAUGCAAGCACAUCGUGUUCGAAUAAUAAAGUGUUCUGGAGCAAAAACUCUCCGAUUACACUAUUCAAAUUGUAAAGCUUACAAUGCAGAUUUCGAUGGGGACGAAAUGAAUGGUCAUUUUGUUCAAAGUUAUGCAGCAAAAGCUGAACUUGAAACAUUAGCUUCUGUUCCACAUCAAUAUUUAGUACCUAAAGAUGGAACACCACUUGCUGGGCUUAUACAGGACCAUGUUAUAGCAGCAGUUAAAUUAACAAUGCGUGAUCGGUUUUUCGAGCAUGCUGAUUAUUUGGAUCUUGUAUAUCAUGCUCUUCGACCUUUAUUUGCUAUAAACAGACAAACAUCUUCGGGUCCACCAUCUAUUAUAACAGUUAAGCCUGCAAUAUGUUGGCCGAAAUGUCUCUGGACUGGAAAACAGGUUAUUUCAACAUUGUUAAUAAAUCUCACACCUUCAGGUUUAUUACCACUAAAUGCUACCCUUUUAGGUCGACGAACUAAAGCUGAACUUUGGUCUGGAGUUGCUCCCGGUGAACCAACACCAUUAUCCGAUGUAGAUUUAGUUAUAUGUGAUGGUUAUCUUGCAUCUGGCAUGUUAGACAAAUCACAUAUCGGUUCAAGCAGUACAGGUUUGAUACAUUGUGUAUAUGAAGCAUAUGGUCCUGAAUCUGCUUCAUGUUUAUUAAAUGGGAUUAGUUUACUAGCCAAUAGAUUUUUAAAAUUCAUUGCCUUCACAAUGGGUUUGAAAGAUAUUUUACUUUCACAUAGAGCAGAUGAAGAAAGACAACGUCGUUUCAGUAAUCUUAAAGAUCUUGGCCUCUGUGCUUUUGCAGACACAUUCAGUUUAAAACCAGACGAACUAACCGAACAUAAUGUGAAACGUUUAUAUCGUCAUGCACAAUUCCCUUCAUCUACUGACCAGUCUUCUCAAAAGCGUCUUGCUCAGUUGGACAUGGCAAUUAAAGAUCGACUAAAAAGGGCGCAAGAUGCAGUAUGUGACUCUGCGAUCCCAGGAGGCUUAUAUGUCGGUUUUCCAGAGAAUAAUUUACAACUCAUGGUUCAUGUUGGUGCUAAAGGUGGUAUGGUUAAUGCUCAACAAAUGUCUGUCGCUCUUGGUCAGAUUGAAUUAGAAGGUCGUCGUGUCCCACUAAUGCUAAGUGGCAAAACGCUACCUUCAUUUCCACCUUACGAUGUUCGUCCACGUGCUGGUGGUAUGUGUACUGCUCGAUUUCUCACUUCACUACCUGCACAAGAGUUGUUUUUCCACUCGAUGGCAGGUAGAGAUGGUCUUGUUGAUACAGCUGUAAAAACUAGUCGGUCAGGUUACUUACAGAGGUCAGCUAUUAAACAUCUAGAGGAUUUAAGCAUAAGUUAUGAUGGAACAGUGAGAGAUUCAGGAUCUAAUAUAAUUCAAUUUCGAUAUGGAGACGAUGGAGUGGAUGUAUGUCAAGCUGGAUUUUUACAACCUAUUGGUUUACAUUUCUUCGCUGAUAAUGUAAAUCUAAUGAAAAUGCGUUGGCAUUCUGAUAAAAUCAAUACUGAUAAUCCAGCAUAUGCUCAUUUGUUUGAAAAAAACACACUUCCUAAACCUAUACAAAUAAUGGCAGACCAAGUUGGUAUUAGGAGACAAUGUAUUCUACAUAAAACUGUAUCAAAGCAUAAACUUGUCAAGCUUCUCAACAGUAGUAAGAUGGCUUAUAAAGCAUUAAAAAUAAUGGAAACAGAAGAGAAAGCAUCCGGAAAAGAUAAGAUAAUGAAUGAAAUAAUCCCUGAACCACCAUGUGCUACAGCGGCUGAAUUAAGAGAUUUAUGUUUAGCCAAAAUUAUUAACGCUCAAGCACCACCUGGUGAUCCUGUAGGUUUAUUGGCUGCACAAUCAGUUGGUGAACCUUCUACUCAGAUGACAUUGAAUACUUUUCAUUUUGCUGGACGUGGUGAAAUGAAUGUAACUCUGGGAAUACCACGCUUACGAGAGAUCCUCAUGUCCGGAUCAUCCAAUAUAAGUACACCAUGCAUGGAAGUUCCUAUAUGGCCUACCAAAGAAGCUCAACAACUUAGUGAACAAAUAGCUAAGAAAUUUUAUAAACUGAAAUUAUCUGAGACUUUAAAAUUACCUAUUGGUCAAAAAGUGAACUAUGUAUCCGAUUCGUGUACAUUUGAAUUUAAUUUACAACCGAAAUCAGUCUAUUCUGAUCACAGUCAUGUAACACCUGUUCGUGUUUUACGUUUUCUUGAACGUAUUCUAUUCCCAGAUUUAGCUCAUCGUUUAAAUGAAGAAUUAAAAGAUCAAGGAAAAACUAGUCUCAUAAAAAGCUUUGCCUUAUCUGCUAUGGCUCGUCAGCAACAAGCUGGUCAAAAUAAAAACUCGGAAGAACCAGCUGAGGAUGCUGAUAUUGUGAAUCAACCAGGUAUUGGUCGUACUCGUGCACAAGAUGAAUGGAAUGAAGAUGAUGGACAUGAAGCUAUCAGACGCCGGCGUCUCGAAGCAAAUGCCGAAGAGGAAGAUAUUACUGGUGGUGAUAAUAAUCGUCGUAAAAAUGGAUCUGAUCUGGAUGAAUUGGUCGAUUUAGACUUAGACGAUGAAUAUGAUGCUGAAGCAGCCGAACUACAUGAAAUUGGACAAGAUCGUGAGAAAGAUGACGGUGACGAUGAACAACAAGACGAUAAUGGUAAAUGGCCUUGGAAUGAAUUAUCUCCAUCAAGUAAAUUAAAAAUGCUUCUUGGCAAUCCUUCAAGAUCUGAACAUAAAACAACUACUUCAAAAGGUACAAAUUCUGAUGAAUUUAUCCAAUGGACUGGUGAUCCUGAAUUAAAUCAGUCAGAUGUAGAUGAUGAACGGGAAUUAAUCCAAGAAAAUAUGGAACGAAAUAUAGAACAAGAGAAUGCUAUAAGUCAUGAUGAAGCUCGCAAACGGAUAACGAUGUUCGAUCCAAACGAAGGACGUAUAUCUAUUGACCUAGAAACUUUAAUUAUGCGCCUUAUUAAUCGAAGCGUUGUAUCCUCGGUAUCCGGUAUCGAAAAGACCAUUAUUGAUCGUUCAAAACCAAAUCAAUGGAUGUUCCGAGUUGAAGGUAUAAACAUGAUUGUAAGUUCCAUAAAAUUCUUAUUAGAUUUGUAAACAUUUAUGGUUACCGGUUAGGCUAGUGAACCGUUCUUAUACACUUUGAAACAUCAAGUAAAUUAACAUCAAUUUGUUUUACAGUACGCUGUCACUUUAAUACUACUUCAUAUACUGCUUGCAAGUAAUUUGGAACAACAAAUAAACUAAAAAUGAUAACUGGGAAAAUAUCUAAAUAUUACUCUGCUCUGUUAUACCGGUUGCUGCUAUCUUUCUUACAGCUAGUUUCUUAAACUAAGCAGCUUUGCUUUUUAAACUGACAUCAGUAACGAUUAUGAUUGGCGUUCUUUCUUCUUCGUGUGUGAAAUUUCUUCACGGAGAUAAGCCAUUUUCACUGCUGAUCUUAAAAAAAGAAUCCAUUCAGUUAUUAAUUUAACCGUGCUCUUGAAAAUCAGUAAUAAUCAGUUGAUUAUUGUCAGGAAACUUGCUAUAUUCAGUGAAUAUACUAAAGAGGAUCUACAAAUCUUUCGAACUGUAAGUUGGUUGAUUUUAUGUUGAAACACGUAUCUGAUGUUUUCUGCUCAAGUCUCACACAUUGUCAUCAUAGCAACAUCUUUCUGCCAAAAAAAAUUACAAAAGGCUAUUCAACUAUGAAAUGUGCUUGAAAAUUGUAUAUCAUUCAAUUCUUUUCAGAAUGUAGGAAAGUUCCAUUAAAUUGGCUUUGUGAUCACACAUAAGAUAUGAUCAAUAACUUAAUGAAUUGUUACGUGUUUUUAUCCAUAUUCCACCUUUCUCUCUCAAAUUGUAUAUGCAGGAGAUGAUGCGUUAUCCACAAGUGUUUGAUUUGAGUCGACUCUAUACUAACAACAUCACUGUAAUGAAUGAAACAUACGGUAUUGAAGCUGCUCGGGCAGCACUUCAAAGAGAAGUAUCUGGGGUCUUUGGUCAUUAUGGGAUUCAUGUGAAUUCACGGCAUUUAUCACUAAUUAGUGAUUAUCUUACAAAAUUUGGCGUUUAUCAGGCUUUUAAUAGACGUUCAAUGAGUUCACAUCCAUCACUGCUUCAGCAAAUGACCUUCGAGACUGUUGCAAAUGUUUUAAAAAAAUCAUUACAAAAUGAUUCUAUGGACAAUUUAAUUUCUCCUUCUGCAAGUUUAGUUACUGGUCGAAUAGUUCAUUAUGCCGGAACAAAUUGUUUUGAACUACUUCAAAAGUUGGCUUGUUAAAUAAAACACACAUUUUAUCAAUAAGAAAUCAAUAGAAUUUUAUGUGUACAGUCAUACCUUCAAUGAUUUCAUGUAUGUAUGUGUGUGUACAAAAUAUUUCCCAGAUUGAAAUUUAUGUAAAUAUAAAACAGGAAAAUAAUUGCAAUCGUCUUUUAAUU